ACAGACAAGGAGACCAUGCACAGACCAUGCACACAUACGCACGCCCAUGCACAUGUACACAAAUACACACACACACACACACACACACACACACGCAUGUCGAUGACGUCAUUGUGCGUUUCGCCUGGUAGAGAGAAGAGGACAAAAGACAAAAUGUACCAUCAUGUUAAUGUCGGUAGCACAGGUGGAGAAGGCUCUUGCUGAGGUAAUGAAGUAUGCAGCGGAGGGCAUCCACUACAACGGUGAUAUCGAGUUCUCUUUGCUGAAGGAGAGGGUGCCGAGGUACUUCGCAGUCAGUGUGGAUAUGAGAUCCACAAUCAUGGCAAAUGACGAGGGCUGUGUCAAGGCACGAAUGCUCUCGCAACGCUUCAGAGAGUCACCACAUGUACGUGUGGACAACGAAGUGGAACAUAGUCCUUAUAGUCUAAAAGGAGUGGUUCAGCGAAUGUGCAACAAAAGGAUGUGCGAAGAUGGAGACGUGGACAUGACAAUGCACCAAAAAGGGGGAACGUAUGCAUCUGCAGAUUUCAAAAAGUUGCUGGGCACUGUGGCGAAGAACUCCGACAUGCUUGUUGAUGGGUCCAAGGACGAGUUGAAAAGUGGUGCUGCAGAGAUCUUGGUGUUGUCCAGAAUGAAGGACAUCACACAAACACCACCAAAGGACUUUCAAGAUGUUUCUGUAAUUGUUGCAGAUAGUGUGGAAUAUGUUCUGUUGGAUCAGCUCUGCGAUUUCAUGAAAAAGAGUGAUGAGGACAGGAACGUCAUCCACGAGGCGUUGCACGAAGUGACAGAGUUUGCACUGCAGGGUAAAGAUCUGAUUGAAUUUGUGUCAGCGAGAGGAGAAGACGACUUCAUAUCCGGCAGACCGUUGUGGGGGGACUUAUUGUCACACGUUUUGGACCGGCUCAGUUUUGCAAUUUGCGAUGUUGAGAGACAAAGAGAAAGGGAAAAAGGGUGGAAGUUGAUCGCCAGGGAAACAAGUUUAGCAAUCAUUCCAGACAACGGAGAGACAUCAGCAGCAGGAGAAUCAAUAAGCAGUAUGGCAGUCGAUGUGCCUCCCAUGCAGAUAGCAGAUACAGAGGAGGUACUGCUUGCGGAUAUCUUCAAUGCUAACGCGAUGGAGAGAGAUUAGUGUGAUGUUGGAUUCGAAGACGCCGAUUUGGCAAGUUGUCUUGCAAUAUACACAGACAAUGAAGAUAUAGCAGAAGA